AUGUGCUUCGUCGGCAAAGCCACGAAGAUCUUCGUCUUCAUCGUCGCGAUUCUCGUCGUCACCGGACUCGUCCUAGGGUUCACGCUGCUCCGGCAUCACGGAAUUCGCAAAAAAUCGAACGAUUGCAGCUCAGAUUCGUGCACGGAAACCGCUCCGAUCGUCAUCCCCUCCCCCGAUUCCAAUCCGAGCCUAAAUCCUCCCGCUACUCCUAAUCCUUCCGGCAGCUUCAAUCCGCCGCCGCCGCCGCCGAGUGAGAGCUCAGGCUCGAGUGUUCCGGAUUCGCCGCCGCCGCCGCCGCCGCUGAGUGAUAAUUCAACUCCUAGUGUUCCAGAUUUAUCUCCGCCUCCUCCGGCAUUGUCUUCUCCGCCUCCUCCGACGGCUUACCCGCCGCCUCCAGCAGUCGUCUCGGUGGCUCCGCCGCCGACAUUUACUCCGCCUAAUCCAGAACCGGCGGCGCCAGGUCCAGUGAAUAAUUCAUAA